ACUUCAGCUAAAAAUGACUUCAGCUAACCCUAUAUGCAAUGACGUAUUGUCAUAUUGCGUCGCUCACAGCAUCUCACCAGCAUUUUCCUCCUCACUUUCAUGUGACAUUAUGAGAGUAUUUUCUUUUGAAAUCAUGUUUUGCUUCCUGUCCCCAAUGCAUCUCUUGCCACAUCCUUUGCUGUUGUGCUCAGAGACUGUCACAUACGAGACGUUCACGACACGCAGUUCCUGCAUCUUCUCUCAAACAUCUCGCGCAUCAAAAUCCAAUAGCCAUCCGAUUCAACAAUGGUGAGCUUCUGUCCUAUAUGUGGGAAGCCUGUUUAUUUUGGUGAGAAGAAGAGGUCAUUAGGACGAGAUUAUCACCCGUUGUGUUUGAAGUGUCACAGGUGUAAAAGACAGCUUACAGCUGGCCAGCAUGCAGAGCACGAUGAGAAGCCAUACUGCACUAACUGCUACAUGAGAGAUUUCGGACCCAGAGGUAGCCGAAAUCCUGUUGCACGGACCUUUAACACACCUGCUUCUUAAGAAAAGUCCUGCAUUUUGAAAUCCACCACAACAUAAUUAAAUCAUUCAGAUUUAUCUGCAAAACACAUAUGGGGCGGUUUUCCGGACAGGGAUUAGACUAGUCCUAGACUAAAACAUUUUUAAGAGUUGUCCAAACUGAAAACAACUUGCAUAUCUUAAAAAACAUCAGAGCCCUUUGUUUUGCAUCAAAAUGCACACAGGUAAUGUUUUUAGUAAGGCAUGUUUGUUAAAACUAGUUAUAUUUCCUAAUUAAACUAAGGCCUAGUGAUUAAGAUAAUCCCUGUCCGGGAAACUGCCCCAUAGAGAUUAAUCUAAACUUUUUUGUAAUUUCUGUAAUUUCUUGUGCCUGUUAUUUUAUGGUAUUUUUACGGCACCCAUAGCUGCCGGAACUUUACUUUUUUUUUUACAUAAUUUUUUACAGUGAAAAACAUUUUACGGAAUGUUACCGUUUUAUUUUACACAUUUUCUAGGGUUUUUUGAAAUACAGUUAAAAAUGACAAAAACCUACCCUGUAAAAUCCCAUGAAAAACACGUCAAUGUGUGUUAAGAUAUGUUAGUACAAGGUGUUUGUAAAUUAAGGCAGCUCAAACAUGCAUAUUAGUCUGGGACUAGGAUAAGCCCUGUCCGGGAAACAGCCCCUUAGUGUCUGUAUAUACAUAUUUUAAUUAAUAUAUUUAAUUGAAUUUGUCAGAACCUUUCAACCAAACCAACAGCCUUUCUCUUAGGGCGCUGAGCUAUUUUCAUGGAUUUAUGUAUUUCUGUUGUAUUCCUGCUAUAUUUUCAGAUAUGUCAUUUUUUAAGUUAUAUUUUCUGUCAUACCCUUUUCUUGUCCUUCAGAAUGGACAAUGUGUUUUGUACAUGUAUGCAGGUGAUUUGAUAUGAACAUCAUGUGUUUUGCUUCUCUGUAUAAAAUCUGUAUACCAUUAAUUAACUGAUGAACCUGAAACACAAUGUGAAGUUUUAUGCUUUGUGUUGUUUUUCUUUUACUCUGAUUUCAUGAGAAAGCAAAUCUAUCUACAAAGCAAAAAUGUCAAUAAAUGAGCAUUGUCUUUUUAAUUAGGAGCAGUCGAUUUUGUCCCAAACCUCACGGUGCAUAAGGGACGAUGGCUUUAUCAUUAUUGUAUGUUCAGGAAGAACGUGUGUUUGAUUUGAAGAUUUUAUCGGUUUCUUUCAUUAGUUAAAUAAAAGAAAUGUCACUCAUUCAAUUCAGAGAGCUGCCAACUAGUAAAUUGUCAACUCAUUGAAUCAAAAGAAUAAAUCCAAGUCUCUUAUCCUUAAAUCCAU